AUGGCAAAUCGAGACGAAAUAUGUAUUCAUAAAUACGCAAGACACACACAUACAUAUCGUACUUCCAAUGCUUAAGGUUGGUAACGGCAGCCUAAUUAUUUUAGGGAAAACGAAAAGCUUGUUUCAAGUGCAAGCGAAGCUAUGAUUUGCGUAAUAAUUACUUGAAAGAAAGCGAUUGUUCUAAGAGUUACAGCAUGGGGGCGGUUGAAUAAGAUUAUUAAUUAAACAAGAAACCAAUUGUGAUACUGUUAAAAUGUAAAAAGCAGGAUGUUGGAGCAUCAAGCCAUUGGCCCAUUGCCCAUUGUUGAAGAUGUUUACAAAAAGCUACAUUCUAAAACAUAAAGUUAGACCUACUUUAACGAACGCUCCCCUUUGUUCUAAGCCAAUUAUGUACAAAAUACUUAAAGAAGUAACAUUGGCGUCCUCUCCAUGUCAUCUACAUAAUUUACUAAUACCGGAUCAAUAAGAGAUGAUCCUUACUUGACCUCUACAGGAAGAACAGUUUAGAACUGAUAGAGCUAUCCAGUAUAAAUAAAGUUAGUUUAGUUUAGGUUUCCUCCUGUAGUAACACUGGAUCAAUAAGAGAUAAUCCUUACUUGACCUCUACAGGAAGAACAGUUUAGAACUGAUAGAGCUAUCCAGUAUAAAUAAAGUUAGUUUAGUUUAGGUUUCCUCCUGUAGUAACACUGGAUGAAUAAGAGAUGAUCCUUACUGGACCUCUAGGAAGAACAAUUUAGAACUGACAGAGUUAUCCAGUAUAAACAAAGUUAGUUUAGUUUAAUCUUGUCCUAGGGUUUCUAAUUCAUUGAAAGAUUUCAUGUAUUAUGCUAUACCAAUGUACUUUUUAAUAUACAUAUUUAUUUAAGUUUUCAUUACUAUGAACUAAACAUUUUAUUUUUUUAACAGCUUCAUGUGUGCGCUCAAAAAUACGAAUAACAAAUCAGGACCCACGUUUGUCCAUUCCGAAGCGAUACAAAAACUACAGUGAGUAUUAUGAGAGUGAACUUAAAGCAAUGGACCAUUUGCAUUAUAGACUAAAUUUUGAUCUAGACAAAAAUUUCAUCACAGCUUGAAAGAGCAUCACAAAAUUAGUAAUAUUCCAAAGUUUCGUUGCGAAAUGUUGUAAAAUGCGGAUAAUAUAGCCUUGCGAAGUUUGCCGUUUUUCAGUCAUUUUGUAUUACGCACGGGAAAUUGACAGCCCAAUCAGGUGUUGGGGCAUCAAUUUCCCGUUUUUAAUACAAAAUGACUGAAAAUUGCAAAUUUCCCAAGGCUAUACUAUUCGCAUUUUACAACAUUUCGCAACGAAACUUUGGAAUAUUACUAAUUUUGUGAUGCUCUUUCAAGCUGUGAUGAAAUUUUUGUCUAGACUUGUUUAGAUCAAAAUUUAGUCUAUAAUGCAAAAGGUCCAUUGACGUGUUUGUCAACCCGAAUAGACCUUUCCCCCCUUAAGUAAAAUUUUGAUUUAGACAAGUCUGGACGAAAAUUUCAUCACAGCUUGAAAGAGCAUCGCAAAAUUAGUAAUAUUCCGAAGUUUCGUGGCAAAAUAUUGCAAAAUGCGGAUAAUAUAGCCUUGCUAAGUUUGCCGUUUUUCAGUCAUUUUGCAUUACAAUCUAACAUUUUGCAUCUGAUUGAUCAUCUGAUUAUCAAUUUCCCGUUUGUAAUACCAAAUGACUGAAAAACGGCAAACUUCGCAAGGCUAUAUUAUCCGCAUUUUACAGCACUUCGCAACGAAACUUCGGAAUAUUACUAAUUUUGUGAUGCUCUUUCAAGCUAUGAUAAAUUUUUUGUCCAGGCUUGUCUAGAUCAAAAUUUCACUUAAAAGAGGAAAGGUCUAUUCGUCACCCAAAAAUUGGAAACUAAUUUUGGCGGCAUUUUGCACCAUGGCGCGCUCGUGUAAGGAAUAUCAGUAUAUCUGUUCCAACACACUUGGCUUUGUGUUGGGCCGCUAUGCUUCUUACUUAAAUUAACUAUGACAUUUUCAUUCAGCCAGGUACACCAUCAAAAAUUGAUCAAAAUGUCAAAUGUAUAAUAAUAAUUAGAGUUGAAGCUAUUUUGUUUCAGAUAUAUUAAUAUACUUCGGGAAAUCAUUGAAAAUAAUUUCCCUUUUUCCCCAGAAUUUGGGCAUCCAAAGGCGUCCAUUUUUUGUUCUAUGGGCGUCCUGGCUAAAAGCCUGGAUACCAACCAAGUUGCAUAAAGAUACUAGACUGGAGUGUUGAAACGUUGGAUCAUGAAUGUAAUUUGUUCAUGGAUUACAAAUCAAUCAUUCCUUGUUUGCAAUGACGUGACUUUUCAUCCAAAUGAUGAGCAAUCAAAAACUGGUGGACGAUUUUUCUCCUAUCAGAAUAGUUGUAGCGAGAAAACUGAAUGGUAAUUCAUCUUUUGAGUCUUAAACUGUCUCUGAACUCGAUCAAAACAUUAAAAUAGCAGUUUUUUGUUAUACUUGCCCGUCAACUGAAAUCCCACAAUUACGUGAUUGCAAACCAAGAAUUUUGUUAGACCAGAGUAGUAAAACAUGUCUGAUAUUAAACCUGGUUGCAUGAACACACCAGACUGGAGUGUUGAAUUGAUUACAUAUACUCAGGUUGCACUGAACCAAUUAACGUUACACUUUUAUAUUAGAACUAAUUUAGUAAUUUUAUUAUAUAAAGUAUAGUGCUUUAUGUACUAUUUAAAAAACUCGCAGGAGUGUUUUAUUAGGUUUAAAGCCACGAGCGCGCAGCGCGAGUGGCUUUAGACCUAAUAAAACACGACCUGCGAGUUUUUUAAAUGGCUUCAAAAACGUUUGCAUAAUAAGUCAAAUCUUAUAUAAAAAUAUUUAUAUAAAAAUCUUUAUAUAAAAAAUCUUUAUAUAAAAAUCUUUAUAUAGUUUGCAUAACAAUGGUCUUUUGUUAAAGUGUUCUUUAGCUGGUAUAAAGACGUAUGCACGUGACUAAUUUCUUACUCAAGAUUGGAUAAUUGCUUCAUGAAUUAUUAAUGAGUUUUUGAAAGAGAUUUCGAGCACUGAUAAAACUGAUAAUCUCACAUGUGAGAUUAUUUAUGAUAAUUUCACAUGUGAAAAUUAUCGCUUUUCAACUAUCGGCUUUUCUGUAAAAAUUAUCGCUUUUCAAAGACUACAUGUCCUUUCUAUAAUAAACUCGUUCGCUGCAUGCGCUCGCUCUUGAGAUAUCAUGUUCAACAUUCGAAAUCUGGUAUUUCCGCGCACCAUGCAUGUAUUAUUAUUCUCUAUUUAUACGUUGUUUUACAUAUUCUUCUAUAUAGUUUUCCGUGCGAAGUUCGAACAGUCUAAGCGAAAUGGUACAAACUGGACGCUAUUGAUUAAAGUCCUGUUCCAGUCUCCGUGUACGUCGAGACAGCUUCCCCCUGUAACACAUUUGCUGUUGGAAAAAUCCUGCAAAAAGAAAAUAAAAAAAAGCGAUGGCGAAGUUUUGAUUUUGGCCAAGAAGGUAAUACGAUAAACAAAGAGCCAUUCGACCAUCUCUCAUACCAAAAAAAACCCACACUGAAUCAUUUUUGAAGUCUAGAAUCUUUACUAAGAGGAUAAUAUUUUGUAUGUUACGUAACACGCCCUCAAAACUAACGAACAUACUUCUCCACUAUAUUCAAAUUUUUAAAUUUUUUAUACGUUUCUCGAGCGGCAAACAAACUUAAAAAGUAUGUUUAGUGCUUUAUCUGUAAAGUGAUGCUAAAAUGAAGAGAUUUUAGAUGGUACGCCAAAGAGAAAAUGAUGUCUGAAGUUCAGUAGGUUUUGCUAAUAUGGCUGUAUAAAUAUGGCGUCAAUUUUGCAGCAUCAAUAAUAAUUGUACUUAAAUUGACAAUAUUCAACUAUUACUCGGUGUUGUCCAACCGCCAGAAAACAUACAAAACAAAGCAAAAACAAAGUGAUUUUGAGAGGAACGUACGCCAUUUCCUUCAUUCUUAAACAUACAUAUCAAUAUUUUAUCAGCAACUCUACUCGAUAGUAUAUAGUAAAUAUAACUAUUAUUUUAUUUUUCAAGGGAAAGAAGCAGAUCGAUAUGGUGAUAAAGAAAAUCUAUAUCACGUCGAGCAAAGCUGAUAUGAAGAAGGCACUAAGGAAACACAAAUGCCCAUCGAAGAAGUAAGUAUAUACCCGAGGUAUAUAUGACUGCACGAAGCUGUCUGACCUUGAUAAAAUAUUUUCUCCCUCGCAGAAGGCUUCCAAGCCCAAAAUAUCUCCCAAUUUAUUUCACUGUAAAUAAACUCCCAAUUUACAGUGCGUGCGUUCAUCAAAACCAUUAAUGCAAUUUUGCACAGUAGCGACACAAGUCACCCAACUCCGUAAAUUUUCAAACAGCCAGACAAUUCUGGCACAAAAAACAUUCAAAAAGCAUUUGUGGUUGUGGUCUAAGGAAAUGCGAAUAUUUUUGAAAUAGUACGGGUAAUUUGACUAAUUUGCCAGGUAGAAAAACAUGAACAACAGUAAAGUACUAUUAAAGGUAGUUAAAUUAUGUUUCUCAAAAUUUUUGGAAUAUUUUCCUAUAUGGUCAAAAACAGAGUUGCGAAAAAGCUGUGGGUAUAUGCUUGUAUAUUUUGCGAUUUGAGAAAGCCACAAUUCACAUAAUUUUGAGGUUUCAAAACUUGAUCCAGGGCACAAAUUAAACUCGCUCGUUCCAGCUCUUAGGAUUAACGAACACAAUCUACGCCAUAAUAGGAGUUUUAAGGUUCCAGUUUGUAGAACUGAUCGCUUAUACCAUAAGAGUUUCAUACCGUCUGUAGCAUCAUUCUAUGACACGAAACAUUUUUGACUCUUAACUUUUAAUAUUCUUAAAUCGUAUGUUAUUACAUCACUCUAGUUAUACAGUAUUUCAUAGUUGAUAAACCAUUGUAACUUCUACUUUUAAUAUUCUUAAAUCAUAUGUUACUACAUAUUCUUAUUUAUAGUAUCUUACAGUUGUAAAACCAGUGUAAUUCAGUUUUAACUGCAAAAUUGGUUGUCAAUAAAACGAUUAUUAUUAUCAACCCCAAGGAAAGUCGAACACUUUUUGAAACUCUGGUCAAACACCACUUCCUGACAUCAAUGGGUGGUUUGGUCAACGCCUUAACCAAUUAUUUCUUUUAUUCAAAUUUAGACGAAACAACAAGAAGCAAUCGGGCAAUCAUAAAGGUUAA